AUGCCAGUGGCCCCGACGGCCAGUCAAGUCGAAUAUCAGACUCCCUUGACGAUACUCCUGUCUUGUUCUCACCAGACUCUCCGCGGCCGAAGUGGGAGGGACCGACUGUUGCUGCUUCUGAAAAGAGGUGCGUGCAUUGGCCUCUGCAAGGAGUACUGGCAGAUGGUGGUUGUACACGCGCUCAUGGGCAUGCUCAAUGGCAACGCGGCCUGUGUUCCAACCGUCCUGGGCGAAGUUACUGACCGGUCGAAUCAGACCAGGGCAUUCACCUAUUUGCCUGUCAUAUACUCGCUGGGCAGCAUUACCGGUCCCGCGCUGGGGGGUAUUCUGGUCAACAAGAUGGGGUCAGAAUAUCCCUAUCUCGGGCCCAACCUUGUCGGUGCAGCGAUGCUCGCUGCGAGCAUCGUCGUCGUUGGCAUCUGGUUCGAGGAGACGCUCGACGAGUCAGGCAGGAGCCCCUGGAGGCCGGCUUGGAUCAGCCGUCUUGUUGCGUGCGUCGACGGCUCCAAUAAGCCCUCUGACCGUAGAGAAUCUUGGAGUUCGCGCUUGGCAGAGGCUUCAGCAUCACAGCAGCCGCUUCUGUCGUCAAGCUCAUCGACGUCAUCGUCAAUUGACCAAGAACGUACCGAAAAUGAUGGCAACGGCGUCAAGGACAAUGGUUUCAAUGGCCGUCCUGUCUGGAAAGACCUACUCAACCGUACCACCGUCAUCCUUCUCGCCACAUACCUCGUUUUCCAACUCUCCAACAUUAGUUUCAACAGUCUUUAUCCCAUCUUUGCGUCCGCCCCCGCACCAGCCGGUCGCGAUUUGAGUCCUCAAAAAAUCGGCUUCAGCCUUAGCGCCGCUGGCCUCGCAACCAUUGCGUUUCAAGCGUUCCUCUUCCAGCCAAUCAAGUCCAAGAUUGGAAACUUGGGCUCUUACCGCUAUGCUUUGCUGGGAGGGUGUGAGACUGUGAGUGCUUGUUGCUUGUGUGCAACGAUGCGCGGGCGUCGUUGA